CAGACUUAUGAUAUCCCUGUAAACACGUUUUAAAAUAGCUAGACUGAAGGCACUCACUAUGUUUAAUGGAUUCGAUGUGUCAGCUCAGAAACCUAGGAGGACGGCAAGGAUACAGGAUAGCUUAGCUCGGUAGCUUUGGUUUGCUUUUCGCGCGGGUCUGUGGUUCUUCCCAAGAUUCUGCUGUUUCAACGUUAUUCUCAUCAGGCUGGUUUGAGAUGAAGGUGAAGAUCAAACAGUGGAACGGCGUGGCAGCUUGGUCCUGGGUAGCCAACGAUGACAACUGUGGUAUCUGCCGCGCACCUUUCAAUGGAUGCUGUCCAGAUUGUAAGGUUCCUGGAGACGAUUGCCCACUGGUCUGGGGCCAGUGCUCCCACUGCUUCCAUAUGCACUGUAUCCUCAAAUGGCUGAACUCACAGCAGGUCCAGCAACAGUGCCCUAUGUGUCGACAGGAGUGGAAGUUUAAGGAAUGAGGUCAUUGCCUGGUCUUCACUGACACAGAGACACUCAAACGGACAUUUGUGGAAACAAUGUGGAAAUAAGUGCAACAAAGAAGACAUCAUUUGUAUAUGUUACAUGUUUGUAUUCAGAGGAUGGUGGCAUUAUGUUGAAGUAAAGGACCAUGGCAAUACUAAUUUCUAAAAAUUAUUU